UUGCCUAGUCACACUGUAAACCACCCAGCCAGGCACCACCUCACUUUCCUAGUUUCCAUCUCCCCAAGCCAUGCUAUUUAUUUCUCAUUUUUCCAUAACUUAUUGUUUCGUCUUUCAAGAAAAACCCUACUUUCCGCUACGUUUUGCUGCACACAACAACAUCACUCCUCACUUGACCAACUUCUCCACCAGCCACCCUAAAAAAACCCUAGGUCUGCUAUAGAACUCAAAUUUUCUGGUCCACUGUCUCGAAAUGCUGGUUUCGGUGUUUUUGGCGAUCUUUGUGCCGUGCGUGGGGAUGAGCGUGGUGUUCGUAGUGUACGUCUGUCUGUUAUGGUACGCUACGAACAACCAAGCCGCCAACGUUGGGCUACCUGUCAAGCAGAUUUCCGAGAAUGGAUUGUCGGCGUCAGAACUCGACAAGCUGCCUAAAAUUACGGGGAAAGAGGUGAUGGCGGAGAGGAGGGAGUGCGCGGUGUGUCUGGACGAUAUCGAGGGAGAGCAACCGGCGCGGGUGGUUCCCGGUUGUAACCACGCCUUCCAUCUGCUGUGCGCCGAUACCUGGCUUUCGAAACACUCGUUUUGUCCGGUUUGUCGGGCCAAACUCCACCCGGUUGUUCAGUCUCUCGAUUCGUCUGAAAAUCAGUGCUGAUUAAGAAACAAACGAAAAUAUUGCAGAGAAAAAGCAAAAGCUAGCUGUGCUUUUGUUUCCACCGUGGGUUGGUGAUUAGCUGUCCAUUAAGACUGAUUAGCAUUCGAAUCCAUUGGCAUUCAUUCAUGGUACCUAUCACUUUUGAUUCGAAACAUCAACCAUUUUUGCUACUGUAUUUUCAAAAAAUUUGAUAUUAGCAAUUAGUUUAUUAUUGUUAUUGUUUCGGGUCGAAAUUAUUAUUUUCUGAGUUGUAUUGAUAUCGGUGCAAUCUCCAUGUAUGAUCAAAUAUUUCUUGCAAGCAGCACGAGCAGUAAUUUGAACUCUACAGAAGGUAACUGGAACUUAGGGCCUCGUUUGGUGGGCUAGAUGUGAUAGGUUGUGAUCAAUUAAAUGUUACUCGAGUCUAUUUUAUUUGUUGUGUCAAAAUAUAAAAUAAACAUGACUGGAAACAAUUGGUUAUGAAUUCACAAUAAA